UCAUGAUUUCAACUAUGAAAAUAGUGAAAUCUCCACAAAACCCCUGUUAUAAUUAACUAACUUUUUUUGUCUUUCUCACUGUGUGUGUUUAUGUGUAUGUGUUUUCACUUAGAUUUAGUUCCAUCGCGCACUGUUGUUGUCUUUAUUGUAUCAUAGAAACUUUGGAAAUUGUAAUUCACUUUUUGUUUUUCCGUGUUGUUAAUUAAUGACACUAUUAUAUAUAUAUAUAUAUUCUCUUCUUGACCCCAUCUCUUUUUGUUUUCUACAAAGAUUAAAUGUAAAUAAUAGUUUCACUUAAUAAUCAUUAUCCUCAUUAUUAAUUUACUAAUGAAAAUGUGAUAAUUAAAAUAUACAUUUAUUUCAUUUGUAUCUCUAAGCACUAUUUACUUUCUAGUAGUAACGUGACCAUUAAUGAUUGAUUACCUAAUUGAUAAUUUAUAUACGUUCUUUGUUAAUAAAGAUUCAAUUUCAUAUACAAUGUAUACACACUCACAUUUAAAAAAAUUGUUGGGUUAUAUUUGUAUUUCUUUUGAAGUUUUGCUACUUAACCUGACUAGGACAAAUGACAGAAAAAAAAAACUUUUAUGUGUAAAUUAGUUUCUAGGGUUUUUAUAAUUACUUUUCUUUGAAGUAUGUAUAGUUUAGGUGGUAUACUAACUGAUUUUUUUUGGGGGUAAAGAUUGAAGGGUCAAUGUUAUAAAAACACCUCAUAUAUAUAAUAUUCGGAUAAAUGGUUGAUGGUAAAGAUUUUGUUCGGUUUGAAGCUACUUUUUCGUCAAGGAUUAUGAUUAUUUAGAAAACUAUUUCAAAACCUUGUGGCAAUGAACAAACAAUGCUUACUUACGACAUGUGAUCAGGGAGAGCCCGAUAUCUCUAAAUCAUUGAGUUGUAGUUUAGCGGUCUACAUUUUCAAUUUCAGUUUUAUUUUGUCAAUUCAUUUACCAGGUACUAGCUUGUUUACUCUAAGUAUGAGGGCUAAUGAUGCACUACUCGGUCUUUCAGACCGAAAUAGGUGGAGCGGGAUUUAAACCUGCCACUUAGUGUCGGAAUUUUUUAUGAUUUAGCCUCUGAGCCACCCCUCUUCGAAUUUUCAUGCAAAUUUAAAGUUAAUCACUGGUGAGCACAUAGUUUUACAUCAUCAAUACUGUCUAUGUCAUGUUCAUUCAAAUGACUUUACUUUUAUUCCUUUUUUUUUCUAAUGUUCCCAAUUAGGGUUUAACAUUAUUAAUCCACUGUGUAAAUGUGUCGUUAUUGUUGUCUUUAAUGUUGAUGUUGUUGUUGCUGUUGUCUUCACCGUCGUCAUCGUGGAUAACUAACGGAAGAGAAUAAAUAUGCGAGUACCGUCAACAAUUGUAAAGAAACCAAGAAAUCAAUAUGCUUUGUCUGUGAUUAAUCGAUUUCUAGAUGAUUCCACUUUUGUCACCAAUCAUCUAAAAAUUGGUACCGAUGACAGCAAUGAUGCUAUCACUGAUGAUAAAGAUUUAAUAUUUCUGCGUAAAUACUUGAAACACUCAUCCUUACGUCAUUGCUUCAAUCUAAUUGACUGUAUUGGUGAUAAUGACUCAAAGUCAAUUAUUGAGCGAUUACGACCUCCUCAGCAGUUAUUAAGAAAUAGUUUAAAAGUCUUAUCAGAGUUAUGGUCUGAUUUAGAAGAAUUUGUUAUGCGUACUCGAGAAAAAGAUGAACCACAUGCUCAUGAACUUUACGACCUACUGGCUGAUGUUCAUAUUAGAGAGCUGUUGGUAGCUUACGAUGAUAUUGCUAAUUAUCGAUAUGUUAAUGAAGAUUUCAAUUUGACUAUUAUUCCUUUCGAGGAUAAUGAUCAAUUAUUAUGUAAGAAUUCUGAUAGUAAUCUCCUCAAUGUACAGACCUCUUCAAAAUUAGGGACAGGGACAGAAGAAAAUGAAGAACAUUAUAAAUUAUCCAAUCGACAUGACGAAGCUCACUCCAUGAAUGUUCAUCUAAAAAAUCCUCACCACCACCAUCACUACAAACCUGAUCUAUCAGAAAGUUCCAUGGAAUCUUUAGAUUAUAAAUUAAAUCAUACAGAAUCAAAUCGAAAUUCAUACAAUAAUGAUGAUUUACUUACUAAGGAAAAUUUUGGACAAUCGAAAACUCAUUCAGUUCCAAAUGUUAAUCAUGUGAACAAAAUCAAUACUUCAGUUAAUGUUGACGAUAAUCCUCCUGCUGAUGAUAAUAUUGAAAAUGCCCAAUGUGUGAAUAAAAUAAAUCAUUUGGAUCGUGAUAACAAACACCAGUUUGAUAACUCACAUCGAUCUGUUUCUGAAAUGAUUAAUCAAUUUGAAUUAUCAAUCGAGAAAAAUCAAAUAAAUUAUUCUAAGGAUAAAAAUGUUCAUGAAUCAUUAGAAUGUUUAGACAGGGUACCGUCAUCUAUGCCUUCGGAUACACAAAAGCCUACUUCUCCGAAAACUAUUCCUGAAACUGUUAAUAGGCAGUCUGAGAAGAGACAUUCUAAAACUUCAAAGAUAAAAUCACCGAAUAAUUUGUUUCCUAAGACUCAUUCUAAUUCAAAACCGGGUAGUCCUGCUAUUUCUCCAAAGAAAAUAUCUACAACAAAACAACAACGAAAAAUAAAAGAUUUUCAUGGUUCAGAUAAUACCUUACGUUCAUCCGAUUCUAAUCAUCAUCACCAUCCAUCUAAGCCUUUUCGAGAUUCACUUGAUGGAACACAAAGCUUGCCCAGAAAUCAUGGUCAAACACCUAAAGAAUUAAAAGAUAAUCAUAAUUACCAUCAUCGUGAAAGUAUUCAUCUGAAAUUUCCACAACCAGGUGUACCAAGAGUAGUUCAUUUAAGACGUGACCAUCCUGGUGAAAAUUUAGGUAUUACUGUAGCAUUAUGUACACCAUCACAGACUACUUCUUCAUCACCACCAACAAGCUUCAAUGGAAUUACCAUAAAAUCAGUAACAGAACCGAUUAUAUCUAUUCAAAGAGUGUUAGCAGGUUCAUUAGCUGAUAGACAAGGUUGUUUAUUCCCUGGUGAUAUUCUCCUAGAAAUUAAUGGUUUACGCGUUCAUACAUUAGAACAAGUAUUUUCUCAAAUUCAACAAACAUCUAGUUUAAUUGAUUGUAAACUAUUAGUACAAGCACCUAAAGAAGGCAUACUACGCUCUACUAUUCAAUGUUCCAAUUCGAAUUCAAAGACUAAACGUUAUGUUCGAUGCUUAUUCGACUAUGAUGCGACAAAAGACAGUCUUCUACCCACUGGUGAUGUUGGCCUGUCCUUUAAAUCUGGAGAUGUUUUGGAGCUAGUAAAUGAUCAGGAUCCUAAUUGGUGGCAGGUACGUUCAUUGAAAGAGCCCAACUCAAAAGCUCGUUUAAUACCUUCACAAACACUGGAAGAACGUCGUCAAGCCUUCAAUCAAGAAAAGCUUCAGGCAAAUACUAGUCGUAAACCGUGGAAAAAAGUCAAAACGUUUUUCAGAGCUGCUGACGCAUCAGGUUUACGUUUACGAUCAGAUAUCUGGAGUUAUGAAGAAGUUGUACCAUGGCCACAGUCUAAAGUGCCUUGUCUUUUGCUUAUUGGGCCAAAUGGUGUUGGUCGACGGAAUUUAAAAGUACUUCUUGCAAAAUAUGAACCGAAACGAUUUGCAUAUCCUAUGACAGAUACUACAGACUCAACAUUACCGACUAAUUUAUUUAAAGUUUUAUCUAAAGAUCAAAUGGAGUCUGACGUGAAAUCUGGUGCCUAUGUUGAAUGGGGUAAAGUUAAUGGUCAUUACUAUGGAAUUCGUUUUUCUGAAUUACGUAAAAUUAUAGCUAAUGGACGAACUGCUGUAUUAGAUUGUCAGCCCCAAUCACUACAUUUGUUACAUCAACCAGAGUUUAAUCCUUGUGUUGUAUUUGUUGCUGCACCGUCUUUUGAAGUAGCGAAAACUAUGUUACAAGAAGGUUUACAAGCUAAUGUCACUUCAAAUAUGCGUUCUGAUGAGGAAUUACAUUCCAUUAUAAAAGAUUCAAUGUCAAUGUCGGUGAUUUAUCGUCAUUUAUAUUCACAUAUAUUAGUUAAUAAAAAUAUGAAAGAAAGUGUUGAGAAAUUAAGUCGUCUUGUUUCAAAGUUGGAACGUCAACCAUGUUGGAUACCUUGUGGAUGGGCCUAUGAAUUAAGCAUUCCAUAUAGAUCAACUUGCACUGACGGUUCACCUUUUAUACCUGGAUCUAGUAGCCUUAGUGCUCUUGGUAUACAUGAUUUACCACCAUCUUCAAGAUCGUCAGCUUUGUCAAGAUCUGUCAUUUCUGAAGCAUCGACUGAAUCUGCAUCUAGACUUGCUCGACCUCCAAGUAUUUGCAAUGGGAAUUCAUCAAAUCAUCCUCUUUCAGGGCGUGAUCGUUAUUCUAUCACUCAACGAAUAUACGAAAAACAUCGACGUGCUCAACAUGAAUUCCAGCAUCCACCAAUACCGGAGCUUGAUACACCAUCCGAGUCUGUCGAUAGUUAUUUAGUGAACAAAAUGUCUACUCGUCAUCAUCAGCAUCGAGCGAAAUCAAAUCAUAACACUGAUAACCAUGAAUUGCCUCAACCUACUCUUAGUGUUAAAACUACAGCUGAGGAGGAUCAAGUUACUGACACCGAAUUAUCACAAACUCCCUCUAAUGAUGAUGAUGAAGAAAGUAAAAUAACUCAAGUGGAAAAUAUUUUAUCAGAUGAACAACAAUCAAAUAUUAUAAAUGAUAAUAAUCCAUCAGUUCAACUUAAGCCUGAACUUCGAAAAGUAAUAACAAUCAAUAAACAUGAAGAGUUCAGUUCAACAUCUAGCGAUGAUGAUGAUGAUGAUGACGAUGAUAAUAAUAAUAAUAAUAUUGGCGACAACGAUAGAGAUAAUAAUGGUAAUGUAGUCAGUAUUUGAUGGAUAAAUAUAUAGACAUUGAUAUCAAUUAUAAUUCAGUUACAUAAUCAACACAAAUUCAGUAUUUGUUCUUCAAUUUACACUAAUCAUACUACUAGAACAUGAUAACAGUAGAUUUUUCACUCAAUUACUGCUCUUACAUAUAUAUAUAUAUACAUAUUUUUUCUUCAUACCUCUCCCUUUACUAUGAGUAUAUCAUCCAUAAUUUCCAGUAUUAAAAGAUUUAUAUAUAAACAUAGAUAUUUUAUAUUUCUGAAUUUUCAUUUUGUUGAAUCCUUUUUUUUAGUACUACAUUUUGUUUAAAUAGAAAAGGAAAAACAAACAGACAAACAACGAAACCAAAAAAAAAUUUUAAAUUUAUUAUUAUUAUUAUGCUUUAUAAUAUAUAGUGUCACUAUGGCAGCAGAUUUGCUAAUUACACAAAUUUUAAAUAUAGACUUUUUUGUUGUUGUUGUUUAUCUAAUUAGAUAUAAAAAUGCCGCUUUUAUUUUAUAUCAAAUAAAAAAGCAAAAAAAUUUUUUUAUUAUCUAUGUAACUCACAUCUAUUCUGUUUGCAAUCUCACACGGCUUCCCAAUUAUAUAUGUAUACACACACAUACACACACUGUUGCUAUGCAGGUAUGAUUUUAUAAUUUCUCCUUAUUUAUUAUGAAUUUUGUAGUACUUAUAUUAAUUUGAUUCUACUUAUUAUAUUUUUUUACUGCGAAUAUUUUCUGUAAUAGUCUUCAAAUUUGAUUUAUAUAAUAAUAGCUGAUCUCCUUUUUUUUUCUUUAAAUACAGUACAAUGUAAUUAAAUUAACGAAUAAGAAAUCUUAUUCAUACAUUAACUUUUGUUUAAUGUUAAUCUCUCUAUAAAGGAUACUAUUGUUUGAAAAUCUUUGAUAGAAUAAUGGGAUAAUUGAUGAUUUGAUGAUAUUGUUGUAAAUGGGAACACGAUUGGGAACAAUCGGAUGCAUUUAGACAUAAUCUCACUAAAUUCUGAUAACCAU